AUCUCGUUCGACAACAAUACGACACGGAGCGCUCGAGAGCACACACCGCGGUGGGACACGGCCAUUGACGGAUAUUUAAAUUAGUAUAAUAAAAUGGUGAGCUUAGAAGCAGUGACAGAGCCAGUGUGGCUAGGUGAAGGCCCUCAUUGGGACCAUCGAGACCAGGUGCUGUACUUCGUGAGCAUCUUCGACAAGUCCAUCCAUAAAUACGACCCAGCCACCGGCAAGCAUACACGAGCUGUUCUCAGUGACAUGCCCGGCUUCGUCAUCCCCAUAGAAGGCAAGCCUAACCACUUCGUAGUGGGCCUGAAGCGGCGCAUCGUCGAGGUCGAGUGGGACGGCAAAGAUGGAGGCGCGAGAGAGCUCAGAACUGUUGCCGAGGUGGACCAAGACAAUCCUAACAAUAGGUUUAAUGAUGCCAAGGCUGAUCCUCGCGGCAGGCUGUUUGCUGGAACGAUGGGCCACGAAUACGAACCCGGCAAGUUUCACCUAAAGAAAGGCAAUCUGUACCGAAUGGACCAGGACGGCAGCGUAAAGAAGGUGGUCGAAGGCGUGGACAUCUCCAACGGACUGUGUUGGGACUUAAAGGAAAAGGCGUUCUACUACGCAGACUCCUUCGAGUAUGACGUGCGGCGGUACGAUUAUGAUGUCGAAACUGGAGAGAUUUCAAACCCCCGCUUUGUGUUCAAAUACGCGAAACACGGACUAGAAGGUAUCGUGGAUGGCAUGACCAUAGACACUGACGGCAACCUCUGGAUCGCCAACUUCGAUGGACACCAGGUACUAAAAGUGGACCCUCGCGAAGGCAAGCUCCUUCAGAAAAUUCGUAUUCCCGCACUCCAAGUGACCUCAUGCACAUUCGGAGGACCUACCUUCGAGGACCUGUAUGUAACGUCAGCAUGUAUGAAUCGCGGGACCGAACAGCCCCCGCCUUGCGGGUCUACGUUCCGGUUGAGGGGGUUAGGGGUUCGUGGGCUGGAGAAUGUGAAUGUUAAGCUUAAUUAAAUUACGUAUUUUUGCCAAAUUACCUUUUUGCCCAUGUCAAUCUUAUUAUCAACUGUCCCCUACGAGGCCCUACCUUCGAGGACUUGUAUGUAACCACAGCAUAUAUGAAUCCUCCUUGCGGGUCUACAUUCCGGUUAAGAGGAUUGGGGGUUAGGAGGAGUGGAAAAUGUAAAUGUUAUGCUUAAUUAAAGUAUUAUUUAUUGCUAA